AUGAGGGGCCGCCUGUCGACGACGUCUUCUACGUGCAGCCUCGCCCGCCCGCCGUCGUCCUCGUCGUCGCACCCGUCCGAGGCGGACUCGCUCGCCGCCCUGCUGUCGCCGUCCUCUCGCGCCGAGCCCGACGCCCUAGCACUGCCCUGGCACUCGACCGUGACCACCUACUCCAAGCUCACCCACGGCCCGCCCGCAGACCGGCUGGUCGCCCUGCCCGACCCCGCCGGAUGCUCGUCCAGGUCUCGCCUCCAAAAAGCCCCGCCGUCGCCCGCCAUCUCGCGCCUGUCCUGCGCCGGCCUGUGGCCCUCGAUCCUGCCCGCCAGUCUGCUCUGGUUCGUCGUGUACGGGAAGCGCCAUCUGCCCACCGGCACCGUGCCGUCUUGGUCGUGGGCCUCCAUCUCCGGCGGCUACGUCUCGUGGGACGCCCUGUGGCCGCGGAGCGAGGUGCCGUGGCCGCUCGGCCAGAAGCCCGAGCAAGCACCAUCUCUCGCCCACGAUGCGCCGCCGCCCCAGCAGCGCGGCUUCCCACGCCUGGACGGCAAGCUGCGCAUCCUGCGCGCGCGCUCCCGCUCCAGCGAGGACGGCGGCCCCGUCACCGUCCCCAUCAAGGGCGUCAUCACCCUCCGCUGCACCCUCUGCCCCGUCCUGGCCGUCGCCGACAUGCGCGACUGCGACCGCACCAUGACCGGCGGCCGCGUCUUCCAGGGCUGCAUCAUCGCCGACGCCCGCGCCCGCAAGGCCGUCCGGGCCGGGCUCGAGCUGCCCGACCGCGACUGGGUCGCGACGCAGCUGCGCGUGUGGGAGGAUCUCGGGUGGAGCAACGACCAGCUGAAGCUGCUGUUCGACCUGAGGCUCUCGCCCGCCGAGUUCGCCGCCGUCAAGUACGAGGUGCUGUACUGCGUCAGGUUCUACGAGUACGCCCCGAGCUCCGUCUCCUGGGGCCAUCAUGACGGCCUGCUGCUGAGGCGGAGGGCGGGUUCGACCAACGAUGAGUACGAGCGCGUCGGCUUGUGGAAGUGCACCCAGAACUCCAUGUUCGAUGACAAAUAUCAAGUCAUCAACCUGGUUUGA